AUGCAAUCCAAUACAUCAUCAUCCACCAAUUCCACAACCCACAGACCUGCUCGCGCAGCCACUAGCCUCCGCAAUCGCCUCAACCGUCUCUUCUCCUCCAGCCCCAGUGAAACGUCCCUAGAACCCACAUCUUCAAACGCAAGUGACAGACACCUCGUCCUCCAAGGAUAUCUCCAAAGAAGCGGUCUCAUGAUCGCGGAAUCAGAAAGCCAGAUUCUUGAUUUAAGAUAUCGUUUGGGGGUCCUUGGAGUCGAGGAUCUUCCCCCUUUGACGCCAUUCUAUCGAAGAUGGCAAGAGUUCGUUGAACCUGGCAUCGAAGCCAUUCUACAACUCGGUCCGGAAUACGUCCAUCUCUUAGAUAUGCAGUUGAGCUGGGUUAGACGCGUUCUUCAAGAGCAGAACGCUAUCAUUCUGCAUCUUCGGGAGUGGAGGAGAGAGCUGGAGAGAGAGCGUUCUCUGUUCUCGUGCUGGUAAUUCUGGUGUGAGAAUGCUUAUUAGGAUUAAUUCCGAUUCUGAGAUCAAAGGCCUAGUUGAGACGGAAACAGAGCUACUUGUUUGGUUAAAUCCUAUAGAGUAG